AUGGAGAAGAAUGGCAAUUCUUUCGCCGAAAAGGAUGACAUUGAUUCUUGUUUCGAAACAAGGUGUAACGACCGAUAUAUGAAUGAGAUCAAGAUGCUAAAUAAAAUGGCGUAUGAGCUGCUCGCAAGGAAAGGAUCAACCACACCCUUAACAGGCCCAGAAAAUACCUUGAGGCUACUAAAACGCACAAUAAGGAACCAAGUCAAAGAAUACGUCGGCAGAAAACUGUCACAAAUUCAUAACAAUACCCACAGAAAUGGCAGAACGAGCAAGCAAGCAACUAUAGCUACCAACAUCCCAGUAUGCCAACGAAAAACAAAAGUAAAUGUAUCUGAAAUUAUUGCGAAAUUCACGACUACAUGA